AUGACGCGUGAAGAAGAGGAAGAAGUACGUUCACUGCUUAAUCGCCAUCAAGAACGUAUUAUUCUUGAUUUGGGCGGUACUGAUCUCGUAGCAAUACUUGUCAAAAAUUCUGUGUUAACACAAUCCGAAGAGGAUCUAUUAUUAAAACCCUAUCCGUCAGAUAGCAAUCCGCCAUCUAGCGUGCCUUCAAGUGUUACCGUUACGAAGAGAAAAUUAAGUGCCGUGGUCAGUAGUGGCAGUGGCAGCAGUGCGGGCGGCAAUAAUUGCGGUGAUUAUAGUUCUAGUAUAGCCGGUUCUAGUGCUAAUAAUUCGCGUAGUGCCAGUGUAAACGGUGAUCAUGCGCAAAGUGAUAAUCGCUCCAUAACACCAUCUGUGGUGAGCGUGAAUGGAGUCGGUGGUGUGAAUAGUGUUUGUGAUGAGAAUAGCGUUGGUGUCGGGGUUGUCGAUUACUGCACCAAAGAUGAUUUGAAUUCCAUAAACGAUGCCGAUAUUCUACGUUUGCAGUGCUCCAAUUUAAUUGAGAUCAUUGCUAAAAGCGGUUUCGAGAAAUUCAAGCAAUUUUGCUAUGCAAUUGAGAGUGAAUGCCCCCAAUUGAUUGAGGAUUUAAUUAAUGAUCGACUCAAAUUCGGUGUUGCAAAAUCUGCAAAAGAAUGCUCAGAUAUUGCCAAAAAAUUGGAGACAACAAAUUUAGUAUUGAAAGCACAAGUUUUAGCCGGAGGCCGUGGUGUAGGAACUUUCAAGAAUGGUCUUAAAGGCGGUGUACGCGUUGUAUUCACACCGGAAGAAGCUGAAAAGAUUGGAGGAAAAAUGAUCAAUCAAAUAUUAGUCACUAAGCAAACCGGUGCAGGUGGACGUAUUUGCAAUUCUGUUAUGGUCGCCGAACGCAAAUUUCCCCGUAGAGAAUUUUAUUUUGCAGUAAUGAUGGAGCGUGCAUUUAAUGGACCUGUCAUAAUUGCUUCCUCUCAAGGUGGUGUAAAUAUUGAAGAUGUUGCUGCCUCAAAUCCAGAAGCUAUUGUUUAUGAACCAGUUGAUAUUAAAUGUGGUUUAUCGGAAGAACAAGCUCAAAAAGUCGUGAAAGCUGUUGGCUUGCAAGAUCAUGAAGAGAGUACCGUAGAAAUGUUAUUAAAUAUGUAUAAAUUAUUUAUAGAGAAGGAUGCUUUACUAAUUGAAAUCAAUCCUUAUGCUGAAGAUGCGCUUGAAGGAAGUGGAGAAUGUGCAAGUUUUUUCGCACUCGAUGCCAAAUUCCGUUUCGAUGAUAAUGCUGAAUUUCGACAAAAAGAAUUAUUUGCUCUUCGCGAUUGGACACAAGAGGAUCCAAAAGAAGUGGAAGCCGCCAAAUACCAAUUGAAUUAUAUUGCUUUGGAUGGCAAUAUUGGUUGCAUGGUUAAUGGUGCUGGUUUAGCAAUGGCUACCAUGGAUAUUAUCAAGCUAUACGGUGGCAACCCAGCCAAUUUCUUAGAUGUCGGUGGUGGUGCUACCGCAGAUGCGGUAAAACAGGCUUUCAAAAUUAUUACCUCUGAUCCAAAUGUUCAUUGUAUAUUGGUUAACAUUUUCGGUGGUAUUAUGCGUUGCGAUAUUAUUGCCCAGGGUAUUAUCGCUGCUGCUAGAGAUUUGAAAAUGAAAAUGCCAAUCGUUGUCAGAUUACAGGGUACAAAUGUGAAUGAGGCCCGUCAAUUGAUUAAAGAUUCUAAGCUGAGGAUUAUACCACGUCACGACUUGGAUGAAGCUGCCAAUUUAUCUGUGCAUUUGGCUAAAAUUGUGCAAUUAGCGCGUGAAAUGAAUAUGGAUGUUAGCUUCGAGAUUCCUGAUAGCGCCAAUGAAAAAGAUAAAGGCGGUAAAGGUGGUAAAGAUGGUAAAGAUUCAUGCGCAACUAAAAAGAAAUAAUGAAAACCAAAGUGCGACUGAAAUUCAAGAACUGCAAGAAUUCAAUAAAAAUUUAAAAGAAAAAAA